AUGUCAAACGACGCAACCGACACCGCAGUGCAAGCCAACAUCAACGCAAACGGCAGCAAGGCUAGCAUCAAAUCGGCAUUUGGCAAUCUCGGCAAUCCCGUGCAAGCAAACCGUGCGUUCAUCGUCUCUGGGUCUGGUUCCUGCAAGGUGUUCUCGGAUGCUGCAGCUACGAAGCAGGUUGGAGGAACGCUGAAUUCAAAUGGGAAUAAUGUGGAUUUGACGGGUGGGAAAGGGGGUGUGGUGAAUUUGAAUAACGGGGUUAUUGUUUGUCAGUGA